UUGGUGGAAGAUGCAGUGAUGAUGAAGCCUCUGGCACUGUUUGCUGCUUCAACGGAAAAUCCGUUCAACGAGAACUAUUUCGCCAUUUUCGAAUUAAGCAAGUUGCCAUUGGCUACGUGGGAUACUGACGCUGCGUGGAAACAAAUAAUGUACAGCACUUUUAAUGGUGGAACUCAUUUACGAUCUAUUGCAGUGACUGUGAUCCACAUCAACGCAACAUUGCCGGAAGGGAGCACAUUAGCGGGCAAAACAUAUGCAGAAGUUGCAUCGGUACUAGAAGGCAGCCGAUGGACGGUUGUUGGAAGGAUAGGAGUUCAACGGGAGGCGUUCCACAUGGAUUUGAAUCGUGUCAAGCGUGAGGAAAUUUCCGGCAUGAUAUACGUUACGGGCAUCAAUAAUCCGCUCAGGGUUAGCGCAAAAACCCGUUCUGAGGAAGUGAUCGAGGUGCGGUCAUUCAAUCUCGUGAAAGUCACCGUGAUGUUGUUUGUCCCCAUUGGGAAUCAAAAACUCUCUGCAGGUGAUCUGCCCGCUGUUGGCUCAGUUGAAUACAACAAUGUUUUGGAGUUUGCCAGCAUCUACUUACGAGAGGACCUUUUGGGUGAGCUUGGACUGGACUCGUCGGUGCUUUGGGCAGAAUGUGAUAGCUUGAGGGCUUAUGGUCGAUUCGUGAUAGCCCGAGGUACGGCACACUUUAACACAGUGCGCUUAACGGCCACUCAUGCGGAUUUGGAACGCGAGCAUUUGGUUGAGUCCUUUAACAGAAAGUUCAAGCCCACAAAUUUGCUGAUUCUCAAA